AUGGUGAUUCCCAACUUUGAAAUCGGCAUCAUCGGCGCCGGCGACAUGGGCAUGCUGUACGCAAAGCGGUUCCGUGCUGCCGGCUACCCGGUGAACAUCUGCGACACGCCCGAGCGCUUCGAGACCUGGGCCUCAACAUUCUGCUGCGACGGCUACGCGGUCUCGCGGCGGUCUGAUUUCAUCAUCUACAGCGUCCCGGCAGAGUACGGGCGGGCGACGAAGCUCCACGCAAUUGUCGCCGGACAGACAUCAGUCAAGACGCCGGAGAUUGCAGCAGCGCUGGGGGCGCUGGAGGCCCGCAUGAUCUACCUGACGUACCAGGAGCACGACCGCAUCACGGCUGAUACGCAGGCGGCCACGCAUCUGGCGUUUCUGAGCCUGGGCACGGCCUGGUGCCUACAGGGCUACCACCCGUGGAUCAACCCGCAGUUCAUCGCUGGAAUCAACAACGUCAAGGUGGCCAUGGCGCUGCGCAUCUACGCCAGCAAAUGGCACGUGUAUGCCGGCCUGGCCAUCAUGAAUCCGCAUGCCAAAACCCAGCUCCAGUGCUAUGUCGAGUCUCUCCAGAUACUCUACAAGUGCAUGGUGGGCGGGCGCCGCGACGAAUUCACCAAGCUGAUCUACGAUCGCGGCCGACUUUCCGCAAGGCCAUUCUUCUCGACGACUGAGACGCUCGACCAGCUGUCGCUGGCGCAGGUGCCUCCGAAUGAGAGCCGGCCAAACUCCCACCUGUCGCUGCUGAGCGCUGCCGUGUGCUGGCACAAGAUGCAGAUGUCGCCUUAUGAUAAUUUGAUUAUGCCAGACGCCCGCCGUUCCGCAUGUGGCUUGGGCAUUGUCGAGUACUUGUUUUGCAACGCCGAGAUGCUCAAGGAGGCCAUUGAGACGGCGCUCGAUGACCGCUACACGCAGGCAGGAGGACCUGGUGUUCUACACGGCGGUAUCGGGCUGGGGCCAGUGCAUCCAGCUCGGGUCGUUUGA